AUUACCAAUGACGUCAUUAAGAUGGCGGCGAAUCUUCUCAACUAUUGAGGGAACCACCGGGAAUUCGCAGAAACUUUCGUCUUAAUUUAUCAAUAAUUUGAUCACAUCAUACUUUUACAUAUUUUCCCUUCCUCUACGAAACAGGAUUAACAAACUUUGUGAAAAAGAGCAUUUUUUAAGGGAUUUACCAUUAGUAAAUAGCGCCAUCUGAAAAACGACUAGCAUGGAAGCUGCCAAAAUCGUAGAGAGUCAAGUUCAUGAAAAGCAACCUUUAUCAAUAUCGGUACUUCCGUCAGAUGGCAAUACUAGUCGGUCGGAGUCUCCAUCAUCCAGGGAUGAGAAAAAGUCACGAUCUUUGGAGGCGCUUUUUCAGGUUACUCAUGAGGAACUUCAGCAUAUGUCAAAUAAAAAUACGUCCGACGCUAGAACAAUCUAUUUAGUGAAAGAAGGCAAUGUUUUACACCAGAUUCAAUCAUCGUCACCGAGUAAUGUUGGGCAGGUUCAACAAUCAAGCGCGCAAAAUUCUAAUGUUUUCGCAACGUUACUAAUGUCAAAUCCGGAUGGAACAACAACACCAACACCCGUUAUUAUAGCACAGCAAUUUAAUCAAGUUCAAUCCGAAGCUACUGAAGUUCAAAUUCGAAACGAUAAUGAAGGACAACAAAUGUUUCCUUACAGUCCUACACCUCCAAAUGUGGGUAGGAAGCGGAAGCAUCCACAAAAGCCUGGAAAAUAUCAAUGCUCAUACUGUGGCCGAUUAUGCGCUAAGCCAAGCGUUUUAGAAAAGCAUAUUAGAGCCCAUACAAAUGAACGACCUUACCCUUGUACAAUGUGCAGUUUUUCCUUCAAGACCAAGAGUAACUUAUACAAACAUCAAAAAUCUCGUCAACAUCGAUCAAAGGUAUCUGAAAUAAGUGGUAGAGAAGGCUCUAGUCUAGAUUUAGUUAAUCAGCAUUCCUUGGACGAUGACCAAGAAGAUAAUGGAAUUGCUGAACCUUCUUUUGAUGAAGAAGACAAGGAUGAAAGCAAAGACAAGCAAUCAGAGGCAGUAGACAUAUUGCGAAUUUCUGCUGAUCAACAUAAAGGAUCACAAGUUCAAGUCCGUAGUAAUGACGGAAAUACCUUAUAUAUUAUUAACUCUGAUGAUUUGGUUCAAUUGGUCUCUAGGCACGUUGUUACAUCAAGCCAAAGUACAGUGGGAUCUACAGCUGUUGACCUUUCCGCAAGUUCUUCUUCUUACCUUCCUAAAUGGAAGAGUACAGAGGGUACAUCCGAUACAAGAACUCCACCUCGAACACCAGUAACACAUCUUCAUAAAUCUCAGUCAAUAUCAAAUUCCAAGGAUAUACAAGAAAGAAUUGAAAAGUUAAUAGAACAAAACACAAACAUUUUACAAGCUCCUAUGGCUGAAGCGCCUCGGCCUAAAAAGCCGUCGAGACAAAAUAGCAUCGCUGAUAAAUCCCAGCAACCCGGCUCUUAUAUCCUGGAUCAAAAUGCCAUGGAACAAGGUAUUCUGAGUUUGGCAAACUUAACAAACAAAGGCGAAGGCUCAAAUCGUCUGCCACAACAGUUUACUAUUCAAAUACAAGUGCCUAAGGAACAAUGUGACGCAUCUAGUGUUCCAACAGAAAGCUUAGCGCAAAAGUAUAUUUGCACUUGUUCUGCAAAGUUUUCAACAGAACAAGAUCUUAUUGCCCAUAAGGCGAACUGUGCUAAGUCAACCCAGCCAAUAGCACCAAAAAUAAAUACCUACGGAAGAGAUUUGUAUAUUGAACACGUUGAUCCCACUGAAAAAUUGAAAAAGGGCAGACCAAAAGGCCUAAAAAAUAGGGUAUCUACAUCAGAUGAUGUCGGUCGACCAAAGUUACGCUUAGAUAUUCCAGCACCAAACAUAAAUUUAGGCGGACAAGGUUUAGUUGAUAGUCCUGUUGUGCUAGUAACGCCCACAACGCCUAGAACUCCUGAUACUAGUACGAAAAUGAAAUUGAAAUUGAAAUUAAUGCAACGCUCUAUAAGCCAGGAAAAGCCUACGGAAACGACUGAGACCGGGAGGCAAUCUCCGCAGAGCGCACCACCUCUGCAGAAAUAUUCUCCUCAGGAUCCAUCUCAAUAUCAUCCACUCAAAAAGAGACCUAUUAAAAUGGCUUCAGUAAAUGAUAGCAAAACAGCUAUUGUCGAAGGGAAUCAAGUGGAAGACACUCUUCCUAAAAAACGUUCGUCUCAUGGAAUCUCAAAAUUAGCAUUAGAUGGUGAUGUUACAAUACUUCCGAAUUCUUCGGCUGUCGUCCACCAAAAACGUGAAACCGAUAAUUCAUCUGCCAUUAGUGUUACACCAACCAGUAUGAUUCAAAUGGGCUUAACGCCUAAUCAAAACCUAAUUCCGGUAGUAGAGACUGAAACUUUUCCCGAUAAAUCGCCGAUUGUAAUAGAAUCAACCGCUUUAGAUUUGCGACUGCCUUCUGUUCAAAUAUCGGAACCGAAACUGUUGUCUCACGCUGCCACUAUAACUUCUUUACCUUUAUACGAGCAGCAGGUUCUGACUGUUGGAAAAGAACUUUUGAAAAAGUAUAUGCCAUCAGUUAACAUCAAUUUGUCAUUGGAGGAAGAUUCCCCCGUUGAUCCAUCUUCACCGCCACCGAAAAGGAAGAAGUUAACUCGCCAAAACUGCUUAGAAGAACCAGACAAAUCACCCACAAAUACACAAAUUUCUGCUGAUAAACGAGUAUCAACCCCACUGUCGUCACCCACUAAGCUCCCUUGGGAAAAGGUGACACUCGCUUUAUAUUUACAUGGUCAUAAUUACCCACAAAUGAGAACUGGUACUCAUGUUACGUUCUGCUCUCUGUCUCGAUUACAGCCUACAUAUGUUGAAACUGGGCAAAGACAUAUUUCAAUGUACUCUAACUGGAAAACAACAUCACACAACCCAAAUCCUGAUGGUCUAACAUCAAGACUACUAUUAAAAUUGCAUAGACUAUACAGAGAGAACUAUGAUCCGAAAGUUGUGGUUUCUAAGAGAACGAAAACGGGUGAGGCAGUCAUGACUCAUUCUUCUUAUUGGACAAAUAAGAUGGACAAGAGCGACGGGAAGGAUGAAGAGAAGGAGAGUCCUCAGCUGGAAGCUUCGCUGAAAUUAGAAAAUUUAGUUAAAAAGAGCAUGAAAGAACGAGAUGUGCCGCCUCCUCCUACUUCUUCUGUCCCCCCUAUUAUCUUGAUUGACAGUUCAGAUAAAGAAACUUUAGUGAGUCAAAGUAACGUUGUUAUGCAAUCGAGUAAUGUUGAGUUACUACAAGUCCCCGACUCUGCUACUCGGGUCGAUCGGGUUCAUUUGACCCGUCAAUUGAGUGUCGACGAAGAAUUGCAAAGGCAUUAUUUUUUGGCGGUUAAGGCUCCUAAACUAGAAUUAACUAAACGGUCUGCCACCACUGACGCCACAGGGAGAAGACCACAAGUUACCAAGGUAAUUGGAGGAUUUAAAACGGAUGAAACUUAUACCUACGUUAGGGGGAGAGGUCGAGGGAAGUACGUUUGUUCUAGUUGUGGAAUUCGUUGUAAAAAGCCUUCAAUGCUUAAGAAGCACUUGAGAUCUCAUACCGAGCUCAGGCCAUAUAGAUGCUUACAGUGCUCUUUUAGUUUUAAAACUAAAGGCAAUUUGACAAAGCACAUGAAGAGUAAAGCCCACCAGAAAAAAUGUAUAGAGAGCGGUAUUGUUCCAGUACCUUCAGCGGUUGACGAUGGAAAUAUCGAUCAGGACCUACUAAGAAGACAAAUGGCACUGGAAGAACAAGUUGCUAGCCUGGAGCAUUUGCCAGACGAUGACGAAGAAGAAGAUGCUAAUGUACAAACUGUAGAUCAUGAAGUGACAAUAGUGGGAGACGAGCAUGUCGUUGAAGGAGAAGAAAUUGUAAUGACAAGUAACGAUUGGUCAGAAGAUGCUGAGGCAUCUGGUAAAUUAGUUAAUAUAAUACAAGAGGAACAAAACCCUCAAUAUAUAACCAAGGAACAAGCUGAACCAAUUGCGAUUGUAAAAACACAUGAUACAUCAAUAAAAGCUCCAAGAGCGUCUUUAGACAAAGAAAUUGCAGCACAUAGUUUACUUGAUUUGAGUUCCGGCAAGCAAGAUGAAGAAGACGAAGCAGAAAGUGUUCAAGGUCAAGUGAUUGGGAGGAAAAAGUCUAGAAAGCCAGAUAAACUAUUCAUAAAUCUUCAAGAUAUGCCCACUAAACUAUCGACGAUAACAAUGAAAACACCUUCCGUCGAACAUGCAGCGGAAGAUAUAUCUCGUCAUCUUUCCGGUUCAACUGCAGGUUUUAUUCCGCCCAAGGCCAACCACGAAGCGGUUAUUGUUGAACCCUUACCAAGAAAUAGACCUGAAGACUUGGAAGAAGAAGAGAGUGGCAUCAAAAUACAAAGGAUUAAUCUGAAAAAUGAUAAGGAAUUACAAGCUAGACCAAUAAUGGUGGAUGAUUCGGAGAGUCUUGUUAAUGGAAAAUAUUUAUGCAAGACUUGCGGAACUACGUUUUCAAAGCUGCAGCAAUUUAAUAUGCACAAAAAUGUACACGCAGUUGAAAGACCGUGGAAGUGUAAAGAGUGCAACGUUUCUUUCCGAAACGAAGGUCAAUUGCAGAAGCAUCACCGUAGCGAAACGCAUGCAAAACAAGUUGUUAUUCUGCAACAAUUCGGAGCUGUUUCUGCUGAGAAUCCCCGACCUUAUCAAUGCCAUCACUGUAAUAUCGGAUUUAGAGUUCACGGACAUUUAACGAAACAUUUAAGAUCUAAGGGCCAUGUUCAAAAAUUGGAAGCUUUAUCUCUGCUGCCCCCCGGCUCUUUGGGUAUAUUAGAAAAGAGAGAUUUAAGCGAAGUAGACGCAUCGGAUUGCGAUACAGCGUUGAACUCUUUGAAAAAUAUUGUAGAGGAAAGCGAGCAACAAAAGACUAAAAAGAAUACGACACAAGAGAAUGAAUCCUAUCGUUUGAAGUGCGGUUUAUGCCAUAUGAAAAAUUUUGAGAGCAUUCAUAAAUUACAGGAACAUAUGAGUUUUACUCAUCUUGAGAUUAGACCCUACGUCUGCCAAUAUUGUGACGCGGGCUUCACAAAUGCAGACAAACUUCAACAACAUAUGUCCUCUCACGUCCAGGACUCGAAAUGGCAUACCUCAUUGAACGAAUCGGAAGUGACAACCUCUUCUGAAGACGAGGAAUCGAAAAAAAGAAAAUUAGACGAAGACGACGACGACGAAACUUUCAUACCAAAUAAGAAAUCUGGAAGCUGA